UACCUUCUGGACUUCCUUCACUCCUGGGCACAAGACAUGGCCAUUCCUAGGGUUGGACCGUGCAGGCACAGGCGGUCAGCUGCGCCGCAGCUUCUCCGGCUCCGCAGGGUCACGGAGGAAGUCUCCUGGAACCAGCAGGAGGAAACAUGGGGGAUACUGGCCUGAGAAAGCGGAGAGAGGAUGAGAAGUCGAUCCAGAGCCAAGAGCCCAAGACCACCAAUCUCCAAAAGGAGCUGGGCCUCAUCAGUGGCAUCUGCAUCAUCGUGGGCACCAUCAUCGGCUCUGGGAUCUUCAUUUCCCCCAAGUCUGUGCUCAGCAACACGGAAGCUGUGGGGCCCUGCCUCAUCAUAUGGGCGGUUUGCGGGGUCCUCGCGAUGCUGGGCGCCCUGUGCUUUGCGGAACUUGGCACGAUGAUCACCAAGUCAGGGGGCGAGUAUCCCUACCUGAUGGAGGCCUACGGGCCCAUCCCCGCCUACCUCUUCUCCUGGGUCAGCCUGGUGGUCAUGAAGCCCUCGUCCUUCGCCAUCAUCUGCCUCAGCUUCUCCGAGUAUGUGUGCACGCCCUUCUACGUGGGCUGCAAACCUCCUGUAAUUGUUGUGAAAUGCCUGGCCGCUGCCGCCAUCUUGUUCAUCACGACGGUGAACUCACUGAGCGUGCGGCUGGGAAGCUACGUCCAGAACAUCUUCACUGCGGCCAAGCUGGUGAUCGUAGCCAUCAUCAUCAUCAGCGGGCUCGUGCUCCUGGCCCAAGGAAACACAAAGAAUUUUGAUAAUUCUUUCGAGGGCGCCCAGCUGUCUGUGGGAGCCAUCAGCCUGGCGUUUUACAAUGGACUCUGGGCCUACGAUGGAUGGAAUCAACUCAAUUAUAUCACAGAAGAACUUAGAAACCCUUACAGAAACCUGCCUUUGGCCAUUAUCAUCGGGAUCCCCCUGGUGACGGUGUGCUACAUCCUCAUAAAUGUGUCCUACUUCACCGUGAUGACUGCCACCGAACUCCUGCAGUCCCAGGCCGUGGCCGUGACGUUUGGUGACCGUGUUCUCUAUCCAGCGUCUUGGGUCGUUCCACUUUUUGUGGCAUUUUCAACCAUCGGUGCUGCUAACGGGAGCUGCUUCACAGCGGGCAGACUCAUUUAUGUGGCGGGCCGGGAGGGCCACAUGCUCAAAGUACUUUCUUACAUCAGCGUCAAGCGCCUCACUCCAGCCCCCGCCAUCAUCUUCCACGGUAUCAUAGCAACGAUUUAUAUCAUCCCUGGUGACAUAAACUCGUUAGUUAAUUAUUUCAGCUUUGCCGCAUGGCUCUUUUAUGGCCUGACGAUUCUAGGACUCAUCGUGAUGAGAUUUACAAGGAAAGAGCUGGAAAGGCCUAUCAAGAGCCAAUUACCAUGCACCUUCAGAUGCUAAUGGAAGUGGUCCCACCGGAGGAAGACCCUGAGUAACAAGCUCCAUCUCUUGUAGCCAAGUCAAAGCUGAAUUUAUUUUCUUAAGCAAUAUUUGUGGUUAUUUCUUCCUGAUUUUUUUCUUAUGAAUAAAAUAUACUCAGAUGUUUAAAAUAUUGUUAUUUUUAGAUAUUCUUAGUUCUCUGGGUGGGGGUUCCAGAAAGGAGAAGUGGCAAGUGUUUGCUAAAGUUGCUGUCAGGUGAGAUGUCACCUAACAGAAGGCAGACGCUUAGGGAAGGGCUGAAUAAAAGCCACCAUCACAGUGGCAACUAUUUAACAAAGGGCAUAUGACACUUAAAUGAAAGGCAUUCUUUAAACUCAAUGUCAAUAAGGGCUCUUCUUUUAUAUAAAAUGGAUGACAUUUUUGCUUUGAUUUAGAUUUAAACAACAGUAAAUUACUGGCCAGGUGCGGUGGCUCACGCCUAUAGUCUCAG